AUGGCUCUGCGUCCGUCUAGUGCACCUCUGCGUGCCUCUUUGCCUUCUCCUCCUGAGUCCUCUCUUCCUGCACUUGCCGACCCGGAAUCGGACUCUCUUCGUGCUGCCAGUCCUACUGUCACGCGUCUCCUUGCUACUAUCCUCACUGACCCCUCCUUUGAGUCCAGUGCUGCGUCUGCUCUUGUUGCUGAGCUCGUCGACUUAGCUGCUUGCUGUCCUCUAGACUACGCUACUAGACUUGUUGCUGAGUCUGCGUCUGUCUGUCCUCCGUCCGUCAGGGGUGAGUGUUCUCUUGGCACGGUAGUCCUUGAGGACAUGCAGGAGGAGUUCCAGUGUCUGGCUGCUGCUUCACCUCAUCUCGUGUCCGUACUGCUUACCCCUGAGGGAGACCCGGAUGCACUUGACAUCCCGACUCCGUGCUCUUACGCGGAGGUCAAGUCCACAGGCACCUACGUUGACGCAUUUCCCCCUCCUGGGGCGAACAUCGUCAGUGGCAUGUGGAUCUUCAGGGUGAAGCGGCCGCAAGGUUCUCCACUUGUCUUCAAGGCGCGGUACGUGGCUCGUGGCUUCAGUCAGCGGCAGAGAGUUGACUACUUUCAGACCUUCUCUCCCACCCCAAAGAUGACCACUCUUUCGGUGCUGCUACACAUAGCCGCUCAGCGUGACUACGAGCUUGACUCCCUUGACUUCAGCACUGCUUUCUCGGGGGGUAGCCUGCACGAGGAGAUCUGGCUGCGUCGUCCACCUAGAUUCACUUGGACUUUCCCUCCUGGCACCCAGUGA